CUGCAAAACAAAUAAAUAAAUAGGUAUUCGGUUGAAGUUAUUUGUAUUUUGAUUUUUUUUUCAUUAGCUUUCUGAAGACACACAUAAGACAGACGAGAGACUAUAGACUCUUAAACAAGCUGCCCUAUCUUUGAGGUUUCAGUCAUAACCAGUGAGAAACAUCUGACCAGAAAAAUGUCGGAUAUAUCUUCGGUGUGGGUGAUUACGUUCUUUAUUUUCAUAAGCAUCACAGCAUCUAUCACCAUGACAACAGCUUCAUCUAGUGUAUGUGGGCACAUUCAACGUCGGGAUGGGACUAAUAUUCAAUUGGUACCAAUAAGCUUAAUGAAUACCUUUCCUUCUAUCUAUAAGAAGAUGGUCCCUGAGAUGCUCUCCCUAAACCAUCUUAUCUGCUCUUUACCUGAAAGUUUGAACGGAACAGAUGACCAAUAUGAUAUGGAUUUAUUUCAUCUUGAGUGUAACUGCCCAUCUGGGCGCCUUGGAGAGCACUGUCAACAUGAUUUUGAUGAAUGUUCGAGCAGCCCUUGUUUAUAUAAUGGCACGUGUAGUAACCUUGAUGAUAGUUAUAACUGUACCUGUAUACCUGGGAUAAUAGGGAACAACUGUGAGAUUGAUAUUAAUGAAUGCGAAAGCUCACCGUGCCUCAAUGGAGCGACUUGCCUGGACCUUAUUAAUGCCUUCGACUGCUGGUGUUUUCCGGGCUACACAGGAGUUUACUGUGAAAGAGAAUCAUCUAUUGUUCUAAUAGUGAAAGGAAAAAAUAUACUGGCUGGUAGUUUUUCAGACAAUUCCUCACUUCUAGAUACCCGUUACGUCAGACUCUCUCUACCGGAUAUUACUUCACCUCGAUCGGUUGCUUACGACCCAUAUGAUCGAUUGGUCUACUGGGUUAAUACCAAUAAUAUUUCAAGGACUAAUCUAAAUGGAAGUAAUAACGAACUCAUCUUUUCCGAACCUGAGGGUUCUGAAUAUUAA